AUGGCGAGGGAAGUCCUGAGAGGGACUCUUUUCGGUGAUGGUGACAGACGUUUCGCCAACAUAAGCGGGGAAUCUACAUACUUAUACAAUGUUCCAGAUUUAUGGCAAGGUGGAUACAAAAACAAGAUCAAGGUAGGAUUAGAAGACGAUCUUCAUAGCUCAUGUGUUACUAUCACAUACUACAGUCAGCUCAAGCUUAUCCUAAAGAAUAAAGAGGAUGCACCUGCAUCAGUGGCGGGUAUUACAAGAUAAUUAGGUAUAUCUCCUAGGUUUAUAAUGUAAAUUGGCCACCGUAAAAACUCGAGAUUUAAAAUCUUAGCCCUUCAUCAGCCUGAUGAAGGGCUAACACUCGAAACGCCAACCUUGAAAAAUUCUCGAGCAGAAUGCGUGGACAUCAUCAAUGAUUCAUAACCGAUAAAGCGGCAAAUUUGAACGCGACCUCGCUUUAAUGAGCCCUAAAUUAACUCAUUUUUCUGAGUUUUAGAAGAGCUGACUUCCAUAUCAUGCUGUAUCCACAUUUUGCAACUGAAAUGAAGGACAUUUAAGAAGUAGAAGAAUUGUCCUUUUUCACUUGAAACUGCACAAAAUUCGCUAACUUUUUGUAUGAAAGUCAUUUCAAGAUCGAUUUUCUUAAAACCCUAACUACCGACCUAAAAUCAAAGCACGUCAAAUAGUUGAUACACCUUCCCUUGACAGAAUCCGUCUUAAUUUUGAAAAUUGGUCAACAAGAACUACUAUCCUUUUGAUUUUGAGAUCGUUAGUCAAGGAUGCGUUCCAGAAAUGGUACGUUUCGAGCGAGCGAGCUAUUGUCUUGAGCCCAGACAUGAAUAACGAUACACCUAUCAAUUUAAACAAUGCCCAUAGUGGAAUCAAUAGCACUUUGGCAAUUUCUUCACACUUUUUACGAUAUUUAAAAUUUUUCGGUCUGUGGACCUUACCCUUACCGACCAAAUCAAAAAUAUUAGUUAUGCCGGGAGAACUACACAGCAUAGCCUACACAGAGAGCGAAAUUCUUUCCAAACCGUACUUCAAAUUUGAGUUCGAACACCCUCAUUUUAUUUGAUAUAUUUUCUGUACUGGCUUUAUCACGACUUUUCUUUUAGGUGAUAGGAGACAAGAAAGGGGGACGAACUUCGUUGCUUAUAAACCGAGAUCCAAGCAGUAUCAAACAGUUAAAAGAAAUCACCAAAAACUUGGGAGUGCCAAUGAAAUUCAUACACAUCGUUGGGAACCCAUUUGAUAACAUCGCUACCAUGGUACUUCGCGGUGCAGGCGAGCGUGAUAAUGUUAGGGAAGAAGGAGCUAAAGUAAGUUGAUAAAUAAUACUUGAAAAGUUGUCAGAUAAAAUUCUCAUUAUUAGUAACAUCAUUAUCAUUAUUAUAUCUACACAAGAGCCCAUUACUUUUGAUAUACAUCAGAAUUUUUACGAGAAAUAUGAUUGGUUGAGAGCAUUUAAAUUAUAUACAAUAGCGUGUGAAGUGAGCAUGAUAACCCAAUAUCGGCAACGGAUAUUGUAGUUAUCAUUUGGAGUUGAAAAUCUUCCUAGUUCCCAAGCUCCUCGACUGUGUAGGGUUCUAAAACUUUUGAAAAUUCAGAGAGAAGUGUUUUCUUCUGCCCAUUGUUUAAAAAAUUCAUAAUAUGAUGAUUAGUGAUAUGGAUUUUCGUAUGAUGUCACGAAUUAUCAAACCUUGUGUCUGUGUUUUCUGGCACUGCCUUGGGCAGAUAACUCAAAUCUUCUCAUAUCAUCCUCAACCUCAUCCAAUAAUUGCUCAUUCUCAUUAUCAUCAUCGUCGUCAUUAGUGUCACUGCCGCUGUCGGUAUCGCUGUCGUGAUCAUUUUAGUUAUAAUUUUUAUUAAAACUAUUAUUACCGAUUAAAUAAUGAUCAUCGACGUAACUGUCAACAUUAAAAGGAGUCGUCAACAUUUUCGUUAUCUUUAUAACAAUCAUAAUCAAUGUCGUUAUCGUUUUCAUUUUUUUCUAUUUGUCACUAAAAGAUGAACAGAUCAGUGAUUUUGGAGGAUUGGAUCGAGCUCUAAUUCAACCUUACAAAGGCUAGCCAGCGCGUCAGAGAAAGGUUUGGGGAUGCAGUUAUCGAUAUUCCAGGACAUGAAACAAUACUCAGACCGAAAGAAACACUACAAAAAUUAUGUGACCAUUUAGGUGUGACAUGUACGGAGGACUACAUAGAAAAAUGCAGUAAGAUCUUGUAUGGAGCUCCUUCUGUCACAAGAAAUAAAAUCGUAUGGACUGACGAACAAAGGGGGGAAGGAAGGUAA